UCCAAAGCGCGCGCCCUCCGGUGACCAGACGGAGCGCGCGAGGCUGGAGGUCGGAACGCCGAGCGCUGUUUUCUGUGCGUGUGCCACCGCGGGAUACCGGAGUCCUAUCAGACCGACAGACAUUCUAUAAGCGCAGUCGCCGAGUUGCCGCGGUAGCCGCAGAGGAUGAAGGGACAGAGACGGCGAGAAGUUCAAAGUUUGACGGGACGACGUCCGGUAGCCUGAUCCAGACCCCCCCGCAGCCGCUCACACUGACCGAUGGAAAACUUUACCGGGCAGAAAAAAUCACCUCCGACUGGAUGUUGACAACUGUGUGGUGUGAAGUUAAUACUCUGUAAUGAGUAUCAUGCAGUCCCUGUAAAUCUGUCGGAAUCUUUUUUUUUUAUUUCACACCGCUGCUGCAUUUUAAUUCGGAUUCUCAAUUUAUGGGAAGAGGAGAGUAAAGUGAUGAACCGGGACAGAGCGGCACCGGGGCCCGGAGGAGACGGGGUCCAGGCCGCGAUAAACCGGGACAGAGCCAUAGCAGGGCCCGUGGCGGACACGGUCCAGCCCGUGAUGAGCCGGGACAGGGCGAUACCGGCGCCCGAAGGCGACGGGAUCCAGACCGUGGUGGGCCCGGACAGCGGAGACAUGGUGGACGGAGUCGCCGCCGGGGAGAAGAUGCUCUUCUCUAACGCGGUAGCCGGAGACAAAGACGCUCAGGCCGUGGAGAACCACUCGGAACCCCCGCCGACGAACCCGGUGUUAGCCCCGCCACAGCAGGGCCCCAACGGGCACCGGACCACCUCUUUCUCCGUGCUGGACAUCCUGGACCCCAAUAAGUUCACGAGCAGCCGGCGGCCUCAGCAGCAGCAGCAGCAGCAGCACGCGAGCCAGCGGGGGGAGCGCGAGCUGCGGGUGUACGGAGCGGAGAACCUCCACCUGAGAGGCGCAGCGGGGGAGCGCGAGUCCAGCCUGGGGCCCGGCAAAGGCUGCUACGGUGCCGAGGAGUACCCGAGCAAGGAAAGUUUUGCAUACAGAAGCCAAGAUGAAGAUGACUAUCACAGAUCUGGAACCCCAGAAUCAGAGGGUCCCGAUGGCCCCUACAGCAGUGAGGAGAGCAGCUCAGCCCUGACCAGUAAUGAAGACAGAGAACUGGGCCAGCACAGCCACCAGGACCCCUCCAGAGACUCCAAGAGCCCAGGAGGAGGGUCCACAGGCCAGAUCACCAAUGGCCAGAGCAACGGGGGCCAGGGGGCCAAGCCCAAGAGGAAGCGCUCAGGCUCAGACUCCAAGUCAGGGAAGCCCCGUAGAGCCCGGACUGCCUUCACCUACGAGCAGCUGGUGGCACUGGAGAACAAGUUCAAGUCCACCCGCUACCUGUCAGUGUGUGAGCGGCUCAACCUGGCCCUGUCUCUCUCCCUCACUGAGACCCAGGUCAAGAUUUGGUUCCAGAACCGUCGCACCAAGUGGAAGAAACAGAAUCCCGGUGCCGACACAUCUGCCCCGACGGGCGCAGGAGGAGCAGGAGGUGCGGGGGGCGGAGGAGGAGGAGGCCUGGGGAGUCUCAGUCCUCUCAGCCAGUCCCCCCCUAUCAAUGGGCACCUGGCAAUGCAUGCUGGCUAUGCCAGCCACCAUCACCCCCCCACCGGCAGCCUGGUCCAGCUGCCUUUCCUCACCGCCAGCCACGUCCUGUCCCCCUUCAUGUUGGGGACGCAGAGCUACGCUGCCCCUGCCUUCUACAGCACACACCUCUAGACACACACACCCCGACCCAACAGAGAUGUUUAAAGCCCCCCCACAUGCACACACACACACACACACACACACACACACACUCACACACACACACACACACACUCACACACACACACACACACACACACACACACACACACACAACAGAUCCAUCCACGGAAACAGUCCGAACCCAGAGAGAUUGAGAUGUUUUGUUGUGUGAGUGAACUGCAGCACAGCAGAUAGACUGUCAGUGUUCAGCUCUGCUCCUCUUUUUACUACCAACAUUUGAAGGCUUUAAUUUCAAUGGAUUAUUUUGAUAGAAUGUGAAUAUCUACCAGAAACUGUACAUACAUCUACGUUCUAGCUCCCUAUUCUGAAUGCUGUUUUAAACUAUGUAAUAGACAAAUAGCUGAGUUCUUUGUUUUGAAAAAAAAUAAUAACCUGUAUGGAUAUUGAAUGUUUAUUUAUGAUUAAAGGAAUGGCUUGAUCUAUUGUCAGUACUGUGUAACUCCAGCUGUGGUUGUUUUCAUUUGGACUGUUUCUGUUAUUUAUUGAAUUUGUUGACAGUUUCCAGAAAAUCCUUGAGAUGUAUUGAAUCCUCAGCUCAACAUGAUAUUGUCUUUGAUAUUAAAA